AUUGUAAAAGCGCACAGUGGGAGUGUCAUCUCCCGUGGGUAGGUGUGUGUGGCACUGGUUUUUCCAAGCCGUGUAUAGUUUCAUGCCGAAUACUGUGCGGUGUGGUAAGCUACCAAGAGCAUCGACAAGCGAUGGCGGAAUGUGGGAUGAAGGCGCUGUCUGUCCUGGAGGCGGCCCGCUCCCGCUACGAGAGUUUGCAGAUCUCAGAUGAUGUUUUUGGGGAAUCGGGAGAUGACAGUAGCGACAAUCCCUUUUACAGCACUUCGGGUGACUCGAAUUCGGAUAACUGUGGCUUGGAGACCGGCGACGAUCAAAGGGCAGGGGAGACUGGGAAUUGUCAAAACGGAGGUCCACCCGGCUCUGUCUCAAAGACUCAAGCAGAGGAGGAUGGCUGGAGCGACACACUGCAAGAUAUCACGUUGGCCCCCUACAACGAGACAUAUGGUAUGUCAUUUAAAGAAUAAAGCCUCGCUUGACAUAAUGAAUAGGCUAAGGUCAUUAUCUCCAAUAUAUAAGAUAGGGGGGCUUUGCUUGGUGUGUGUGUGUGUGUGUGUGUGCGCGCGCGCGUCCAUCUAGUAAGUAGCCUAUGAUUGUAGGACCUGAUUGAACAGCAGGCCCAGAGAGGGAGAGUGAGAGAGAGAAAUCCCAAGACUCCUUCAGUAAAGGAUCAUGUCACAAUAUGGAUGAAUUGCUUGGAGAAUUGUGGCUUAUAUGAUUGGUCAGAAUCUCAGAAACGGUGAAGGGGCAGUCUGGGCAUGUGGUGGAGGCACAGGACAAUGAGUCAACCAUGAGCAGACAGACAUCAUGCAGCUCCUCCAAAUUAAAUAGCCCACACUGUAACACUGAACUGCACUGGGGACCAAACAGGAAAUGGUCAUAGAGGACAAGUUGCAGAAGAGCCUAAGUUAAUUAAAGACAUAAUAUUGGCACAGAACACACAUUUGAGCACUCUCUGCCUCUCUCCUCUCUCUCCAGAUACAAAUAACACUGUGCAACAUCUUUGCCAGUUUGGCCACAUGUAUUUGCCAACUAAGGCAUUUUAGUAUGCCAAUGCAUGUUUUGGACCAGCUGCCAUUGUAAAGGAAUACAGAGCAGUUGCAUGUCAUACUUAAAGCGGUAAACCCAUACUAGUACCAGCAACAACCUAACCAAAUAUGUAAUAUUCUUAUCCUUACAAACGUCCAGUAAAAUGAUCAAUGUAUUACAGUUGUGAUCAGUCAUAUAACAGGUGUUAUUACAUUGAAUAUAUACUGCAUUUCAAAUGGAAUAGAAGUAGAAACUUAAUUGAUGUAGCCUACAACACGUAAGUGUAGGUUGAGGUUCCUCCCUUCAUCAUUACUCUGUUUGAACGCUCUGUCACUGAGACCAGAUGUGACUUGCAAAUAAAUGCCUCCCUCUCUCUACAAGGUGGUCUGGUGGUGCCUUGUGCCACUGUCACGACUUGAGAAAAAAUCAUGCCAUCUGCCUGUAGGCUUUGGUAUGGGCUUCAACACAGGCAAUGACAGGUGGUGGUGUUAGCCAAUGCAUUUCAGGCACAAGGCAUUGCAUUGGGAAUCACUUCAGCAUAAAGAAGUAUUUGUACGUGUACAGUAUGUGUGGCUGUCGCUGUCUCCACUAGAGCUGGUUUGUUUCCUCACAUUCACUGCUAAUAGAAUUGGGCCAGUAACCGAAAGGUCGCUGGUUCAAAUCCUCGAGCUGGCAAGGUGGAAAUAUCAGCCGUUCUGCCCUUGAGCAACGCAGUUAACCCCCCAACAACACCUACUCACCAGGCGCCGAUGACAUGGAUGUCAAUUAAGGCAGCUUCCCGCACAGCUCUGAUUCAGACGGGUUGGGUUAAAUGAGGAAGACAUAUUUCGGUUGAUUGCAUUCAGUUGGGCAACUGACUAGGUAUCCCCCAUUCCCUAUAAGUUAUUUGAGACUGUUGACACAAAUGGUAGUGCUGGCAGGUGUAUUGAAUGAGCAGUAAAAGCUUGAGUGCAUCAAACCCAUUAGGAGAUGAGCAAAUAGGGAGGACACAGGGCUGGUGUGGCCAGGAAAGAUGAACAUGAGGUGGUUCUGUCGUAAGGUUAGAUCAACUGAAGGUUUCCAUGCAGCAAGCUGGUGCUCACUGAGGACAAGGAUAUCCAGUGCAAGGUCCAACUAGAGAAAUAAAAUGUUAAUGUGGAGCUUGAGAUGUGGGUUUGACUUUGCUGACAGAGUAAAUAGGAGAACAUAACUCAUAAAUACAUAAAUAAAACCUUUGAAAAAUGUCUGCACAACAUGCAUUUUUCAUAGGCAAAAUGAGAGAGGGCAUCUGUAUGAUUGAUAUUUAGUCUAUUAUGAAAAUCACACAGCUAUAAAAGGGAUAGGCAGUACUUAGUAAGCAUGGCCAUGGGUCUGAAAUGUCAUCGUAUUGGUUUACUUCAUUAUCCUAGUAAAAUCCCUGCAGUGAUGCGUAUGCACAUUAGGACAACCCCCCAUGGAUUACAGUAUAUUACAGUAUAUUAAAUUACAGUAUAAUAUACUACAGUAUAAUAUAUUACAAUAUCAUAUAUUACAGUAUAUUAUAUUACAGUAUAUUUUAUUACAGUAUAUUAUGUACAUUCUUUAUAAUAGAAAGGCUAUAGAAUCAAUCAAGCUCCAUUUCACUUUAUUGAAUGGCACAUACGUUAUCUACAGUGUGUUCCUAUUAUACACACUCUACAGCAGUAUUGUAGUUUUCAGGCAUUUCAGACCUAUUCAUGUCAUUUUUUAAGAACUUUGGCACAGGGUAAAGUAUACAAAACUUAGUCCACUCAGUAACAGAUUCUAGUUUUGGAAAAAGAAAACUGUAUUGAGAUCGAAUGUUUCAUCGAUGAGAAACUUAGCAGAAUGUCACCCAAAUCCAUCUCGCUCCAUCUUCUCCUACUGCCGGCCACUGGGUUUCCUCUCAUCACCAUAUUUGGUAGUAAAAAUAUAUAUACAGUGAGGGAAAAAAGUAUUUGAUCCCCUGCUGAUUUUGUACGUUUGCCCACUGACAAAGAAAUGAUCAGUCUAUAAUUUUAAUGGUAGGUUUAUUUGAACAGUGAGAGACAGAAUAACAACAACAAAAUCCAGAAAAACGCAUGUCAAAAAUGUUAUAAAUGGAUUUGCAUUUUAAUGAGGGAAAUAAGUAUUUGACCCCCUCUCAAUCAGAAAGAUUUCUGGCUCCCAGGUGUCUUUUAUACAGGUAACGAGCUGAGAUUAGGAGCACACUCUUAAAGGGAGUGCUCCUAACCUCAGUUUGUUACCUGUAUAAACGACACCUGUCCACAACCUCAAACAGUCACACUCCAAACUCCACUAUGGCCAAGCCCAAAGAGCUGUCAAAGGACACCAGAAACAAAAUUGUAGACCUGCACCAGGCUGGGAAGACUGUAUCUGCAAUAGGUAAGCAGCUUGGUUUGAAGAAAUCAACUGUGGGAGCAAUUAUUAGGAAAUGGAAGACAUACAAGACCACUGAUAAUCUCCCUCGAUCUGGGGCUCCACGCAAGAUCUCACCCCGUGGGGUCAAAAUGAUCACAAGAACGGUGAGCAAAAAUCCCAGAACCACACAGGGGGACCUAGUGAAUGACCUGCAGAGAGCUGGGACCAAAGUAACAAAGCCUACCAUCAGUAACACACUACGCCGCCAGGGACUCAAAUCCUGCAGUGCCAGACGUGUCCCCCUGCUUAAGCCAGUACAUGUCCAGGCCCGUCUGAAGUUUGCUAGAGUGCAUUUGGAUGAUCCAGAAGAGGAUUGGGAGAAUGUCAUAUGGUCAGAUGAAACCAAAAUAUAACUUUUUGGUAAAAACUCAACUCGUCGUGUUUGGAGGACAAAGAAUGCUGAGUUGCAUACAAAGAACACCAUACCUACUGUGAAGCAUUGGGGUGGAAACAUCAUGCUUUGGGGCUGUUUUUCUGCAAAGGGACCAGGACGACUGAUCCGUGUAAAGGAAAGAAUGAAUGGGGCCAUGUAUCGUGAGAUUUUGAGUGAAAACCUCCUUCCAUCAGCAAGGGCAUUGAAGAUGAAACGUGGCUGGGUCUUUCAGCAUGACAAUGAUCCCAAACACACCGCCCAGGCAACGAAGGAGUGGCUUCGUAAGGAGCAUUUCAAGGUCCUGGAGUGGCCUAGCCAGUCUCCAGAUCUCAACCCCAUAGAAAAUCUUUGGAGGGAGUUGAAAGUCUGUGUUGCCCAGCGACAGCCCCAAAACAUCACUGCUCUAGAGGAGAUCUGCAUGGAGGAAUGGGCCAAAAUACCAGCAACAGUGAGUGAAAACCUUGUGAAGACUUACAGAAAACGUUUGACCUUUGUCAUUGCCAACAAAGGGUAUAUAACAAAGUAUUGAGAAACUUUUGUUAUUGACCAAAUACUUAUUUUCCACCACAAUUUGCAAAUAAAUUCAUAAAGAAUCCUACAAUGUGAUUUUCUGGAUUUUUUUUUCUCAAUUUGUCUGUCAUAGUUGACGUGUACCUAUGAUGAAAAUUACAGGCCUCUCUCAUCUUUUUAAGUGGGAGAACUUGCACAAUUGGUGGAUGACUAAAUACUUUUUUUCCCCACUGUACAUACAUAUACAUACAUACAUACAUACAUACAUACAUACAUACAUACAUACAUACAUACAUACAUACAUACAUACAUACAUACAUACAUACAUACAUACAUACAUACAUACAUACAUACAUGCAUACACAUACAUAUCCUUUCUUUAAAAUAUAUUCCCCUUUAUUACUUUCCAACCCCACCACCCUUUCCCUAAUUGGAGUAAACUAGUGAACAACAAUGCUUAGGCCUCUACUUCCAGCUUAUACUUACUAUAUACAUUUUAUGGACACAGUCAAUUUUACAAUAAUUAUAUUUUGUUUGUUUUUUUCCUAUUAAUGUCAAAAAGGUGCCAGUCUGUUUCCAUGCCUGAAAGACUAACAUUCCGAUUGAUUUCAAAACCCACAUAAUCUGAAUACCAACCCACUGCAUUUAGUGUACAUUACUGCAGCUGAAGAAUCAGUGUCUUCCCACUUGGCACAGACGUCAAUUCAACAUCUAUUCCACGUUGGUUCAACGUAAUUUAGUUGAAAUUAUGUGGAAACAACACCAGUGUGUGCCCAGUGGGUUACUUUUGUGGUAAACGCAGCCAACACAGUGAUCCUUUCAAUCUGAAUGCUUAAUCUAUCCUAAUACAAAUGUAUCUCUUACAGAAUAUGUACCAUUAUAUGUAUUGUGUGGAGCUCUGCCAUGUGGUUGUUUGUUGCCUGACAAAAUAACUUGCACCCUAGUUUAAAUAUGAGCUAUAAAGGCAGGAUUAUGGGAGAAUAAUAUAUGCAGUGGUUAGUGAAUGCUUUUGAGGCUCCUCUUAUUGAUGUCUUUAGUAGCAGAAGACUUCUUAAAAUCCUUAAUCCUAUGCUAUCAGUCAAUGGUGUGGGAUAGUAGGAAUUUAACAUAAUGUGGGAAAACUCUUUUCAGAAUGGAAUUCUUAAUCAUGGGAAUAAAACAAUUAUAUUCCAUAAAAAAUAUUUAUUAUGCAUAUUAUUUUUUGCCUGACUUUUGUUUACUGUAUUGCUUUUAUGGCAACCCGAAUGAAUCUGUCUUUGGAAAUCCAUGCAUCUAAGGCAGUCAUGCUGUAUUUUGCAUUUUGCUGUGAAGUUUGAAAGUCUACUGGAUUAAAUGAGUGGUCUCUUAAAACAAUUUCUGCAGUGUGAGCCACCCUUUGGCCUGUAGCCUACUUAGAUGUAUCUCUCUCACAGUCUGGGUUUGAGGAAUUGGUGAGCUACAAUAUUUACAAACUAUACAGUACUAAGUGCCCAAAAGUAACAAUUUGUAGCACGGUCAACCUGGCCUGUACAUUCAGCGCAAGAGUAGUAAUGUAAAAAUCUACUGUAUUUCUUCAGCAAACCAAACUAGUUAGUUCAUUUUGGUCCUUUAAAGACCCAACAAUUUCCUUAUCUCUUAGGGACGUUAGAGAGGACAUGAGUCUUCCUUUUAGCCAAAUAGCUAACCCAAACAGUCUUCCAGACAUGGAAUUCCAGAUGUGGUUAAUUGGGCCUGAAUUUAUACUGCGGUUUAGAGACAUUUUCUCACUCCAGUAAAUGUGCUUGCUACAAGUGUGCCAAGAAAAAUAGGUCUGACUCUCUCACACAAUUAAAAGCUGAUGAUUUUAUUACACCUUAUGGUUCAUCCACUUUGAAUUGAGAGAGUCACGCCUAUUUUUCUAGAUGAGCUCUCGUGUGAUUUUUGGCUGCACCUUGACACAUGUUGGUUGAGGUGCUCCUCUACUCUCUUACUGACUUUACAAGAGGAGAGAGCAACAGAUAAAUUAGUUUCAUUUCUGUUUUUGUGAAGUGUCAGGAUCUGCUUAAGUCCAGAGAUACUUCACAACCACAGCUCACACAGGUACAGUGGGGAAAAAAAGUAUUUAGUCAGCCACCAAUUGUGCAAGUUCUCCCACUUAAAAAGAUGAGAGAGGCCUGUAAUUUUCAUCAUAGGUACACGUCAACAAUGACAGACAAAAUGAGGGAAAAAAAUCCAGAAAAUCACAUUGUAGGAUUUUUAAUGAAUUUAUUUGCAAAUUAUGGUGGAAAAUAAGUAUUUAUAAGUAUUAAUAAGUAUCAAUAACAAAAGUUUCUCAAUAAUUUGUUAUAUAUCCUUUGUUGGCAAUGACACAGGUCAAACGUUUUCUUUAAGUCUUCACAAGGUUUUCACACACUGUUGCUGGUAUUUUGGCCCAUUCCUCCAUGCAGAUCUCCUCUAGAGCAGUGAUGUUUUGGGGCUGUCGCUGGGCAACACGGACUUUCAACUCCCUCCAAAGAUUUUCUAUGGGGUUGAGAUCUGGAGACUGGCUAGGCCACUCCAGGACCUUGAAAUGCUUCUUACGAAGCCACUCCUUCGUUGCCCGGGCGGUGUGUUUGGGAUCAAUGUCAUGCUGAAAGACCAAGCCACGUUUCAUCUUCAAUGCCCUUGCUGAUGGAAGGAGGUUUUCACUCAAAAUCUCACGAUACAUGGCCCCAUUCAUUCUUUCCUUUACACGGAUCAGUCGUCCUGGUCCCUUUGCAGAAAAACAGCCCCAAAGCAUGAUGUUUCCACCCCCAUGCUUCACAAUAGGUAUGGUGUUCUUUGGAUGCAACUCAGCAUUCUUUGUCCUCCAAACACGACGAGUUGAGUUUUUACCAAAAAGUUAUAUUUUGGUUUCAUCUGACCAUAUGACAUUCUCCCAAUCCUCUUCUGGAUCAUCCAAAUGCACUCUAGCAAACUUCAGACGGGCCUGGACAUGUACUGGCUUAAGCAGGGGGACACGUCUCGCACUGCAGGAUUUGAGUCCCUGGCGGCGUAGUGUGUUACUGAUGGUAGGCUUUGUUACUUUGGUCCCAGCUCUCUGCAGGUCAUUCACUAGGUCCCCCCGUGUGGUUCUGGGAUUUUUGCUCACCGUUCUUGUGAUCAUUUUGCCCCACGGGGUGAGAUCUUGCGUGGAGCCCCAGAUCGAGGGAGAUUAUCAGUGGCCUUGUAUGUCUUCCAUUUCCUAAUAAUUGCUCCCACAGUUGAUUUCUUCAAACCAAGCUGCUUACCUAUUGCAGAUUCAGUCUUCCCAGCCUGGUGCAGGUCUACAAUUUUGUUUCUGGUGUCCUUUGACAGCUCUUUGGUCUUGGCCAUAGUGGAGUUUGGAGUGUGACUGUUUGAGGUUGUGGACAGGUGUCUUUUAUACUGAUAACAAGUUCAUACAGGUGCCAUUAAUACAGGUAACGAGUGGAGGACAGAGGAGCCUCUUAAAGAAGAAGUUACAGGUCUGUGAGAGCCAGAAAUCUUGCUUGUUUGUAGGUGACCAAAUACUUAUUUUCCACCAUAAUUUGCAAAUAAAUUCAUUAAAAAUCCUACAAUGUGAUUUUCUGGAUUUUUUUUUCUGAAUUUGUCUGUCAUAGUUGACGUGUACCUAUGAUGAAAAUUACAGGCCUCUCUCAUCUUUUUAAGUGGGAGAACUUGCACAAUUGGUGGCUGACUAAAUACUUUUUUUCCCCACUGUAACAAACAGAUGUGAUGAUGACCUGUGACAGCUCAGUGCUGCAGUUUAAUCUGGGCUCUAUUCUCUAUUAAUUGGCUCUCUAAAUGCUAGAGUUCACUGUCUGUAAGACUGUCUAAGUCAGUUUUAAGGGAGGACUGCCUUACCUGAGGUGUGUUUAAUCUUACACAUUGCCAAUUUAGUCAAAUGAGAAGGUAAGAUUUUUAUUCACCAAGUUGGCCUUGACUUGAUUAACAUGCAUGGGAAACUAGUAUGUCAAUGUUGAUGAGUGGGCUUGACCUAACAAGGUUAUAGCUGUCGGCUUGCAUAAGCAGGAAUUAAUUGUUUGAGACAAGACAAUGGCUGUUUUCAUUCACGAUAGUGUUGUAACAAAUGACAUUAAUGAACCCUUUCCUCAAGCCCAAAAAGCGGUAUUCUUGUUUCGAUGACAUUAUGGUUACUGUCAUGUUGAAUAGAAGUUGAUUGCAACCCUAGGGGUGACAGCGACCCACAAUCCAGAUGACAAAGACUGGAAAGAAAUGUUGGUUCAUAUGCAGGCCUACGCGUUGUGCUUUUUUAGAGUACAAAAUAACUCGAUGCACAAAAGAGCUCGAUACUGUCAAAGUACUGUAAUUCACUUUUUUAGAAAUCAUAGUCGUUUAAACAGUAAGACUCCAUUUACAAGUAAUGUGUGAUUAAUGCUGUCAAAUGAAAAUAACAAUCUGAGGCAGGUUUUGAAAUGGGCGAGUGAUGCUUUGACUGCAGCUCCAUCAUCCGUGUCUCUGUCUCUCUCCCUGUCACCAGGCCCUACCCAGAGAAUGCCAGCCACAGCCACUUGCAUGGACUUCUUCCAGCUCUUUGUGCCCGACAACGCCAUCCAGAACAUGUUGACGCAGACCAACAUGUACGCCAAGAAGUACCAGGAGCGCUUCGGCAGUGACGAGGGCUGGCAGAACGUGACCGUGGCUGAGAUGAAGGCCUUCCUGGGCUUCGUGACUUCCACCAGCGUUCACCGCUGUGAGUCAGUGCUCAGCAUCUGGAGCAGCGGCUUCUUCAGCAACCGCAGCAUCGCACUCAAGAUGAGCCAGGCGCGCUUCGAGAAGAUCCUCAAGUACUUCCAUAUCGUGGCCUUCCGCUCCAGCCACGGCAGCCAUGGCCUCUACAAGAUCCAGCCCUUCCUGGACUCACUGCAGCAGUCGUUCGGCUGCAGCACAUUCCGCCCCUCUCAGACUCAGGUAUGGCGCUGGGCUGCUGUGUAAACUGUUUAGCUUUGGACAUGUUUAGUACAAAUGACUAGGGGUUGUAACCCCAAAAAAAUAAAAAAAUAAACAUUGUUCGGUUACACUGUUCCGACCAGCAAUAUAAAAUUCUGAACCGGUUCUAAUAAAAAAAAAAGUAUGGUUUAUAUGGUUUCUUUCUGUUCCUUUUUUAACCCGUGAAAUAAACCAUUCUUUACAGUUAGCUCAUUAAUUUACUUCACCAAUCAGUGUGGAUAGAGCAGGCAAGCUAGUUGUUAUCAUGCGUGAUGGGCAGACAAGUGUAUCCUAUGGCGCAAGAUGCGACUGAAAUGUUGUGGGUGGGGAGAGAGCAAGAGAGGGUUGAGGAGGAGGCUUGAAGCGUUGGGCAUCUUGUUAUGACAUGCAUUAUCUGAAUUAGGUCCACAGAAUUAUACCUAGGAGGAGCGGCUUCUAUGGAGGAACUUGGAAUGUCCUUUGAGCUAGCUAGCUAACAAGCUUGAGCUAGCUAGCUAUAAAGCUUGUGUGUGUAGAGGGGCACCAGAAUUAAAAACACAUAUUGUUGUAAUUAAUAAAUCCAACGUGAAACGUGAUAACUAGUCCUAUAGUAUCCUUAACUAGCAUUGAAAAUGAAUCCAUUCUUCUCUUCUCGAAUUACACUUGUAACGUCAGUACAGUAGGGGAGGGGCAAGUAGCCUAAAUACGCACACACACUGGCAAAGAUUUUUAGCUUGCGGGCAGACACUGGAAUAGGUUUCUGAGUGACAGAGUGAAGGCUUUGCAUAGGCAUUUUGUAGCAUUUUUUUUGUGGGACUAGAAAAAAAUGCCUGGAACGUAAGAUAACAUUAUUAAGCGGUUCCCAUGCUUUUAAAAUAAUGGUUCUGUUCCGCCGGCAGGUAGUUUAGUGGUUAAGAGCGUUGUGCCAGUAACCGAAAGGUCGCUGGUUCUAAUCCCCGAGCCGACUAGGUGAAAAAUCUGUCGAUGUGCCCUUGAGCAAGGCACUUAACCCUAAUUGCUCCUGUAAGUCGCUCUGGAUAAGAGCGUCUGCUAAAUUACUAAAAUGUAAAAUGAAUCACUUUCGUUCCCAGUUCUGUUUCUGUUCCUUGAAAAAUGUAGUUAUUUUCCAGUUUUCUGUUCUGUUCCCUGAACUGGUUCCAACACCUGCAGAUGACAGUUACAGUAUAUAGAGUUUAAUGAACCCUUUUAGAUCAUAACACCUUUUAGAUCACCUUUUAGAUGAUACACAUCAGUUAUUGUAUAUUACAGUUCAGUAUCCUGCACUGUCAACACAAACAGAAACAGGAUAUUACAGCUUGGUGUGCCCAGCUCUGGGUACAUUUAGAACAAACUCAAAAUACAACAGUGUUCAGGUAGUUAGGUUGUCUUUUGGAAAAACAUUCCUGGAACAAUAGUACAUUGUGUCCAUGUUUGUCCUAGUUUAUAACAGACUCACAGUUAAAUAUUCAGCUCCCAAAGCAGUGUUCUGUUGAGAGUAAACUUGUUUUCUAUUCAAAUGUUAAUCUCACAUCUGGCAGCAGCUGAAUAACGUGUAUUUGGGUUGUCUAAUCAAGAGGGAUUGGUUCAGAUUAAGUUAAGAAACAAGCCAAUGCACACUGAAAAUCCUUGCUUCAUUUUGAAUUGAUUGACAUGAGCCAAUUUGCACCCUCCCAUGACGAUUCCACCAACUCUUUCAGAAUCUUGGCAAUGUGAACUUUUCUGAAAGGAGGACAACUUGUCUUCUGUGUUUCUGUGCCAGGAAGAAGUGGGCUGGGAGGAAGAAGUGUACAGGGAGGAAGAAGUGUACAGGGAGGAAGAAGUGUACAGGGAGGAAGAAGUGGGCUGGGAGGAAGAAGUGUACAGGGAGGAAGAAGUGUACAGGGAGGAAGAAGUGGGCUGGGAGGAAGAAGUGUACAGGAGGAAGAAGUGGGCUGGGAGGAAGAAGUGUACAGGGAGGAAGAAGUGUACAGGGAGGAAGAAGUGUACAGGGAGGAAGAAGUGUACAGGGAGGAAGAAGUGUACAGGGAGGAAGAAGUGGGCUGGGAGGAAGAAGUGGGCUGGGAGGAAGAAGUGGGCUGGGAGGAAGAAGUGUACAGGGAGGAAGAGAGUGUACAGGAGGAAGAAGUGGGCUGGGAGAAGAAGUGUACAGGAGGAAGAAGUGGCUGGGAGGAAGAAGUGUACAGGGAGGAAGAAGUGGGCUGGGAGGAAGAAGUGGUACAGGAGGAAGAAGUGUAGAGGGAGGAAGAAGUGUACAGGGAGGAAGAAGUGGUACAGGGCGGAAUACGUGGGGUGGGAGGGAGGAGAAAGUGGGCUGGGGAUGGAAGGGAAGAAGUGGUGCUGGGAGGAAACGAAGUGGGCUGGGAGGAAGAAGUGGGCUGGGAGGAAGAAGUGGGCUGGGAGGAAGAAGUGUACAGGGAGGAAGAAGUGGGCUGGGAGGAAGAAGUGUACAGGGAGGAAGAAGUGGGCUGGGAGGAAGAAGUGUACAGGGAGGAAGAAGUGGGCUGGGAGGAAGAAGUGUACAGGGAGGAAGAAGUGUACAGGGAGGAAGAAGUGUACAGGGAGGAAGAAGUGUACAGGGAGGAAGAAGUGUACAGGGAGGAAGAAGUGUACAGGGAGGAAGAAGUGGGCUGGGAGGAAGAAGUGGGCUGGGAGGAAGAAGUGUACAGGGAGGAAGAAGUGUACAGGGAGGAAGAAGUGGGCUGGGAGGAAGAAGUGGGCUGGGAGGAAGAAGUGUACAGGGAGGAAGAAGUGUACAGGGAGGAGGAAGUGUACAGGGAGGAAGAAGUGGGCUGGGAGGAAGAAGUGUACAGGGAGGAAGAAGUGUACAGGGAGGAAGAAGUGUACAGGGGAAGAGUGAAGGGAAGAAGUGUACAGGGAGGAAGAAGUGUACAGGGAGGAAGAAGUGUACAGGGAGGAAGAAGUGUACAGGGAGGAAGAAGUGGGCUGGGAGGAAGAAGUGUACAGGGAGGAAGAAGUGUACAGGGAGGAAGAAGUGGGCUGGGAGGAAGAAGUGUACAGGGAGGAAGAAGUGGGCUGGGAGGAAGAAGUGUACAGGGAGGAAGAAGUGUACAGGGAGGAAGAAGUGUACAGGGAGGAAGAAGUGUACAGGGAGGAAGAAGUGUACAGGGAGGAAGAAGUGUACAGGGAGGAAGAAGUGGGCUGGGAGGAAGAAGUGGGCUGGGAGGAAGAAGUGGGCUGGGAGGAAGAAGUGUACAGGGAGGAAGAAGUGUACAGGGAGGAAGAAGUGGGCUGGGAGGAAGAAGUGGGCUGGGAGGAAGAAGUGGGCUGGGAGGAAGAAGUGUACAGGGAGGAAGAAGUGUACAGGGAGGAAGAAGUGUACAGGGAGGAAGAAGUGGGCUGGGAGGAUACGAAGUUGAAAUGUUGUUGA